CGAUUGGUUCUCAUUCUUGUAUUUGGCCAAUCACGUUUGACGGUUCCAUCGUUUAACCAAUAGGAAAAUAAACGUGUCUUCUUUAAAUGUCCAAGUGCAAAAGGUGCGGACAACACAAACAGACCUUUGACGUUUUAGGUUAUGUUGGAUCAGAGUUAGGUUAGGUUGGACGAAGUUGAAUUCUUCAACACAGAAUUGGCGAUUAUGUUUUCGCUGUAAAGUAAUACGAAGUGCACGAAGAUAUGUUGUCGUUGAAACGUGGACUCGAGGCGAGCCUCGCGCAAAGUUUGCCGAAAGCGUCGAGGCUACUCGCGGCGUACUCCUCCUCGGAGACGAGCGGGUCGGAACAAUUUCGAGUACUGGAACUCUAUCCGGGGUACAAGAAGGUAGCGCAGCAGAAGCGUAAGUCGCAACGGAUCAAUGUCCCACCGCCCAGGACGAAGGAGAUGCCCGUCGACCAGGACUGGCCAUCGGUCUGGCCGGGCGCGCGAACCUUCCACCCGGCCACAGUGCCGCUCCCGUUGCGCCAGGGGUACGUGGAGAAGGGCACGCCGCCUGACAAGUACGCCAACGCCGAGCUCUUGAAGAUACCCAACUUCCUGCAUCUCACCCCGCCGGCGAUACGACGGCAUUGCGAGGCGCUGAAGCGAUUCUGCACCGAGUGGCCCGCCGGUCUGGAGACCGAGGAGAAAUGCGCGAGACACUUCCCCGUUGAGCUCAUCACGUCCGACUACUGCUACUCCUCGCCCACCAUAAGGGAUCCGCUCGCUCGGAUCGUGAGUCUGCGAGUGAGGCUGUCCUCUCUUCACUUGGAUACCCAUGCCAAGGACAAGCUGCUGCGAUUACUGGGAAACAAGUACAAUUCGGAAACCGAUGUGAUAACAAUCACGGCUGAUAGAUGUCCGACCAGAAAGCAAAACUUGGAAUACGCACGGUACCUCCUCACGGCGGUGUAUCACGAAUCUUGGAGGGUAGAACCGUGGGAGGCCGAGAAGUCGCUGGCGGACAUGGAGUACUUUGACUGGGACACCAGCCAGAGCCGUACGAGCCUAGUGACGCUGUACAAGUGGCCGGAACCGCCGACCGAUUAUGACUACGAGACCAUUCCGCACGCAACGGAAUACAAAAUUGCCGUUUCAGAUCUUAUAAACAACGGCGAGGAUCAAUAUUCGGUCAACAAGUACAAGGAAGCUGUUAAAAAUUUGUUAAAUCUUAAAUGCGAUAAUAAAGUUGAAUCUUGAGUAUAAAAUUGAA